AGAGGGUGUGUGAGUGGUGGGGGGGAUGUGCGCCCCUCUGCUGCUCGGUACGCGGAGGUGUGCGCUCCUCUCUCUCUCUCUUGAUCCUGCUUUUGUAUCGCUUCGGAGGAGAGAACCCACAGGACACCUUUGGAUGCAAUCAUGUCACGGCCGCCGUGUCGUUUCCACGGCAGCAUCCUCUGAAUAAUAGAGGCUGUUUUAAUCCACGCAGGCGUCAAAGGGACCUUAAGGAAUAAAGCUAUGGGUGGGCAGAUAACGCGGAAUGCUUUGUACGACUCCCUCGGAGGCCCAUUCCCGUCCACGUCGCAUCGAUGCCACCACAAAUCCAAAAGGUGUCUGCCGAUCCAGUGCAGCAGCGUUGGUGGGCCGUUCCUGGUAAGCCCGCUCCUUUUCCAUCCAAACACCAAGGGGUCUCAGAUAGUCAUGGACCUGGCCCAGAAGAGCGUAAAGAGGCAGGCCAGCUUCUGCAACGCCAUCACUUUCAGCAACAGGCCCAUUGCACUGUACGAGCAAGUCCGCCUCAAGAUCACUAAAAAGCAGUGCUGUUGGAGUGGCGCUCUGCGUCUAGGCUUCACCUCCAAAGACCCCUCCAGGAUAAACCCAGACAACCUGCCAAAGUACGCCUGCCCCGAUCUGGUGUCCCAGAGCGGCUUCUGGGCCAAAGCUCUGCCUGAAGAGUUUGCUAAUGAGGGAAACAUCAUUGCCUUUUGGGUCGACAAGAAAGGCAGGGUUUUCUACCGCAUUAACGAGUCCAGUCCCAUGCUUUUCUUCAGCGGAGUCCGCACAGCUGAGCCCCUUUGGGCCUUGAUCGAUGUUUACGGCCUGACCCGUGGCGUGCAGCUUCUAGACAGUGAGAUCGUUCCUCCGGACUGUCUGCGACCACGUUCCUUCACCACGGUGCGUUCCUCCUCCCUUCGGCGUGAAGCUGACGACUCCCGCCUCUCCAUCAGCCUGUGUGAUCUCAACCUGCAGCAGGAGGAGCGAGGCCCCACCCACUCUCACCGCCACACCCUCCACCUGGCCUCAGCUUCCUCCUCGUCCUCCUCUUGCCCCAUCCCCCAGAACUCCCUUAACUCGCAGCAGUCCUCCAUGCUGCCCUCCGCCCUGGAGAGCGACCUGCAUUUCCACCAACUUCGCGGCGCAAACAUCAAGACGCUUGACGAGCAGACCGUGGCACGGUCUGAGCACGCCCGGGAGGAGCGGACGUUGGUCUUCACCAACCGGCCCUUGCGCACUGGAGAGACCGUCUUCAUCAAGGUCACCAAGUCCAGCCCGGCACGCUCAGGCUCAUUGUCCUAUGGGGUAACCUCCUGCGACCCAGCAGUACUGCGCCCCAGCGACCUGCCAUACAACCCAGAGGCUCUGGUGGACAGGAAGGAAUUCUGGGCCGUGUGCCGGGUACCGACUCCUCUGCAGAGCAGCGACAUCCUGGGUUUCCUGGUUAACCAAGAAGGAGAGGUUAUCCUCAGCCACAACGGCACCGAUGUGGGUAUGCAGGUGUGUGUGGACAACUCCCGCCCCCUCUGGAUGUUCUUUGGCCUGCAUGGAGCUGUGACGCAGCUGAGGAUUUUGGGCUCCACACAUGCUGGGGAUCCACGGAUCACAUCCAACCCCAGCUCGCCCUCCUCCUCUCCACACACCCCCAACGCCCUGGGAAGCGGCAUCUCCGAUCCGGUCCUGAACGGAGGCCUGUGUUCUGCUGCCUACUGCGGCUCAGCGGGUGGAACGAACCCCAGUUCGCCGGUCAGCCUCCCCAAGUCGCCCACGUUCCCUUCAGGCCGGGAGCCGUGUUCCGAUGAGUGCUCCAUCUGCUACGAGAACGCGGUGGACUCGGUCAUCUACACCUGCGGACAUAUGUGUCUGUGCUACGCCUGCGGCAUCAAGCUGAAGAAGAUGUCCAAUGCCUGCUGUCCCAUCUGCAGGAGACAGAUCAAAGACAUCAUCAAGACCUAUCGCAGCACGUAAAGAGAGCCGAGGCGCAGCUUCGCCUCAGAGUUUAACUAAGAGACGGUGACGCUCAGGGAACUCUGGUACUUUGACCUUCUCCUUUAGUUUCAGGAAGGUCUUUGAAAAGUGGCUCGGUGUUCCAGGUCUGCUCCACUGGGAUUGUAAAAACCUCUCAGCCAGGAAGAAGAGGAAGCUGAACUCGUCUCUCACAUGGAGAGCCUUCAGCCUUUGGGAUGAACAUUGGGUAAAGCACAUCUGUGCAGGUCAUCUUCUCAGUACAUCACAACUUGUGUCUGUGUGCUACUGGUUGCAGUUUGGCUUUUUAUGGUGAUUUUUCCGUGUGUGUUCAGAGACACCUCGCCUGGCAGUGCUGAGUUUCCAAGUAGGAUUGUAAUCUCUCGUGUUCUCGUAUAAUCUAAAGUACCUUGAUGGUAGUUUUUCUUUCAGAUGUGGGUAGCUUUAUCGUCGUGCUAGCUAGCUGCUUGCUCUGCAGUGUGGUAUGUUGCACUGAAAUCAGCGUUUAUUGAGACUCAACUGCUGAAAACGAUCUCAAACCUGCAUAAUCUGCAGCUCUGAUUUCUAAAAGAAACCAGUCAUUUGGUUACUCCUCAGGGCCAGCUGCCAUUUCCUCAACGCGGUUCUUCUCCCAGUUUAACCAGAAACAACAAAUCAAACCUGAUGCACUGUGAGUGUUGAUUAUAAAGCGUCCUCCCCAUCACAACAAAGGAUUGUUGCCAUCAGCCUCCUGCCUUAACACACAGAAUUGCUUCUGUGCUUUUUUUUUGUUUUUCUUUUCCAAAAAUCCCCCACGGAGAACCAAAUGAUGCUGCUUCGUGGCACAGACUGCCACAGUUGUUCACUCAGAGGAGAAACAAAAGCACACGAAUCAAACUAUUUUUCUAGAAAUUUAUUUUACCUUCUUGAUUAUUUUCAAUGUAAGAUACAUUCUGUGAGAGAAGUUUCAUCAGCAGCAGAGAUCCUUUACAGAAACCUUCCUCUUUCAAUUUUCAAUGAUUUUUAGCCCUGAACUUUGAGUAUAUCAUUUAUAUUUAUUGUAAAAAAAAAAAAAA